AUGUCCGAAGGUCAACUGGGACGAAUGCAUUGGACGGGGAGAGUCUCUCUGCAUAACGAGCAUCUCAUGCAAGAUUUUAAUAACCGAUGGCACCGGUGCUUUGCGGCGUGUGUUGCCUGUCCAUCGGGAUUUCUCUCCGAUUUGCCUUUUCAAGUAACUACCACAAACAAUGCACCACUUGCCAAUGGGAGUAUUAUUACAUUAGAAGGAGAAGUUAUCAGUCAAAACGAUGGCACAAUGACUGUGGUUAUAGUUGGCAAGAACAUUACUACUUUGAAUGAGUCCCGCCCAUUGCAACCGACUUUGGGAUUAAAUGUCAUCAAUGUGGCACAAAUCACCUUUACAAACACGUAA